AUCGGCCCAUGAAAACUUCUGUAUUGAGACAAAGGAAAGGAUCUAUCAGAAAGCAACACCUAUUAUCCUGGGCGUGGCAGCAAGGAAGAGGACAGGUGGUGAAAAUCCUGCAAUCUGAAAAGCAGACUGAAAGGUGACAAAGAAGCUGAAGAUGGGUGGUGGAGAGAGGUAUAACAUUCCAGCCCCUCAGUCUAGAAACGUUAGUAAGAACCAACAACAGCUUAGUAGACAGAAGACCAAGGAUCAGAAUUCCCAGAUGAAGAUUGUUCAUAAGAAAAAGGAAAGAGGACAUACUUAUAAUUCAUCAGCAGCUGCAUGGCAGGCCAUGCAAAGUGGGGGGAAGAACAAAAAUUUUCCAAAUAAUCAAAACUGGAACUCUAGCUUAUCAAGUCCCACCUUACUUUUUAAGUCUCAAACUAAUCAGAACUAUGCUGGAGCCAAAUUUAGUGAGCCGCCAUCACCAAGUGUUCUUCCUAAACCACCAAGCCACUGGGUUCCUGUUUCCUUUAAUCCUUCUGAUAAAGAAAUAAUGACAUUUCAACUUAAAACCUUACUUAAAGUACAGGUAUAAAAUGAAAUAAAGUAUUAAUGUGUUUAAAUUUAGUCAUAUUUAAGGAUAAUUGGCAAUUGUCUCAGACCAAAUUCACUAGGGAAUUUAAUCUGUAAAACUGCUAAUUAACGUAGAAAAUAUAAUUAGACUUAACUGUUUUGUGUGUUAUGUGCACUGUGAUGGCAGAAUCAGUGCAACUUAACUAAAUUAUUGAUAAUUAUACUUCAUAUCAAUAUAAGUUCUCAACUGAGUAACCAUUCAAGUGAAACCAGUCAAGUUUAGAUUGGGGGAAUGGUAAAGGAAUCAACUUUUUCUGUUGCCUGUUUGGGGGGAAAUAGUAAUUUAAGAUUAUCAUUCACGAAUCGGCAGAUUGACGUGUUGAGAUCUGGUAAAUGUGAUUAUAAGCAUCCAGUUAAGACAUACAGGGGUUGAAAACUAGUUGAGUAUUUUAAAGUUUAAUGUCCUAGAAACACCUACACCAGUAAUAUGCCAACAAUCUGAUGCACUGCCAAAA